GGCUAAUGGCGUGGCCAAGGUGGCCCCACCCACGGGGCGCCCUGGGAAGAGGCGGGAAAGUUUGAAACGUGGAGAGUUCGGGUUGUCCGAAGCCAGAUGCCCGUUAUUUGGGCAAAGAGUUGGCACUGCCCUCUCCUCUAGGCUCCUCUGGAGGUCCUCUGAAUUUGGAUAGACACCCCGCCCGGAUUGUUCUCCGUUUUCUUUCCUUUAGCCUCGUUUUCUGCUAUGGUUUCCUCGAGAAAUGUUACCUGCAAAAUUGCAAGGAUUUGUCCAGGGGUACUUGUACCGUUUCAGCCAUACUUGCGCUAUAGAAAAAAAUUCCUGUUUAAGGCAGCUAACUGAACUUCGAGAAGGCAAACGUUUUCAAACUGUGGUUACAUGACUUUUCUAUACAUGUCAUUAGGAACAAAGUGGCUGAUUUGGGGUCACCGUGUUGUCCUCCUGGGCAGAGAGAGAGAGAGAGUGCGUGUAGGCGAGGCAAAGAGGUAACCUCUUUGCAGCUGUUUCCAAGCGAAGACAAACGGGUCUGAGCUUCUCUUUCCGAGUUCAAACCGGGAGAGAGAUUGGCCGUACUCAUGAAAAAGUCAGAUAAACAAAGCUUGGGAAAACCCUCUGCACUGGAUAGCCAACCUGGGACAUCCAAGGAUGCCUUAAAGCAGAUGCGCCAGACCCCGCUUUCCAAAGAAACCUCUAAAGUUAGCUUGAUUUCCCAAUCCAAGAUGACUUCGUUCAGCAAAGAGUUGUUCAACACCUGGCGAGAUAUUCGUUGGUUCCAAAUUCCUUUGUCAUCUUUGAGGAGACCCAAAGCUGGUCUCUUUAGCUUCACCUUCCAGUCCAGCCUGCAGAAGUACCAGCAGCUUCGGAAAACAAAACGACUGAAAGUUGGCAGGCCCUUCUCUGUCCUGCCUUUCCCUAGCUUAUCCUUGCCGUUUACGGAUCCUCCAUCGUUUCCAGAUGCAUUGCGGGGUGAUAAUCACAGAUCUUCGAGAAAUGAUAGAUCUAAAGUCCGCAAAAGACUCUCAGCCCAUAGAAAUGAGUCUCGGGAUUUCCUGCGACGGAUGCAGAAGAAGCUUCAGAAGCACCAGCCCUCUCCAGAGGUGCUUCACCCAAAACGCGUCUGCUCUGCAGCCGUUUCCGGCCAGCAGUGGGUAACGGGCCUUGGCAGGCGCCCCCGCAAGAAAUCCAAGAAGGGAGAUCCUGCUCCCCCAGCCGAGACCCUGGGAAGAGGGGAAGCCUCCUGUGAACGGAGCGAAUCCAAGUCUCCCUUGGAAGAGGACGAGGACAUCUUCCCUCCAGACUGGUCACCUCCAUCGUUUCUGUUCAAGGAAGAGCCGCCGCCUCCUCCCAGCCCUGGGCCUGGACCGCUGUCCGAGCCCGGAAGCUCUCAGGAAACGCCGGACGGCCCUGAAGGGCUUGAGUCCACAAAGGAACUGGAGCAGGAAGACGCUGCCCCUCCAGCCGACGCCCUGGGAAGAGACGAGGGCUGCCGUGGACGGAGCAGCCCCAGGUCUCCCCUGAAGGAGGACGCGGGGAUGUUCCUUCCGGACUGGCCGCUGAGGCAAAUUGCAUUUCUGUACAAUGACGAGUCGCCUCCCCUCAGCCCCGUCCCUGGGCCCUCGGAACCCCGAAGCUCCCAGGAAGCGGCAGACGUCACGGAAGAGGCUGGUGGGUCUCCAAGGGUGGAAGGUCCCUCUUCGUCCGCCCCGCUGCAUCUACUGCUGCCCCCCUCUGGGAAUUCCUCCAGGAGCAGCCCCUCGGCCUCCUCUGAGGAGGUUUUAGGAGAUCCUGGGGGAUUCAUGGUGGACUCGGAUGAGGAGGAGGAAGAUAUGGACGACAGCAGCCUUGUGCCCCUCAGAGACCUCCUCCACAUGGAGGAGUCCAGCUCCAGCAGUGUGGACAUGAGCAUGUGCCCAUCGCCAAGACCGGAGAGUUACCUGAACAGCCUGGACAAGCUUCUUGAAGAGAAAAGAGAGCAGAUACGAGAGGACAGAGAGCUGGAAAGAAGCCUGGGCAGCAAGCUGCUCUUCUCGAAGUGGUCCACUGCUGGGGAGUCCAGCGAAGAAAACGAUGCUUCAUUGCUUGAUACUCAGAGGUUGGUCCUGGAGCAAUUCUCCAUCAGUGCUGGUUCCAUCCCAACUGUACACCCUGGUGAACAUAUUUUCAGGCCUCCUCCUUACCCGAGGUCUGCUUUCGUACUUGACACCGCUGGGCUUGCGCCGCAGAACCGUCUGGAAAGCUUGCUCUUCAGCUCCAGCUCCAGCACCUCUCAGCAGUUGGCGAUCCUGCACAGUGGCAGCCUUGGGUUCAUCUAUCACGGAAUAGCCAAGUGCCCCCUCCCUGUUCUGCGCUGGCUUUUCCAGUUGAUGUCUUUGAACCCAGAUGCCUCAAGAGAUGCCUUCCAGACCCUCUGGAACAUCAGCACUUACCAGAACAUCUCUUCCGACACUGGUCUUUGGUGCCCGGAGCUGAAGGACAUCACCCAAGCUUUGUACAAUUUCGGAGCCUGUGCUUCUGCCUUGUUCCCUGCUGGACUCGUUCAGCAUGAAUUCAUAUCGGAAAUCUUAGAAUUCCCAGAAUACUCUUCUCGUCCCGCAGACAUUAAGAAUGAAAAUAUCUGUUUCCAGCUUAGCUUCAUAACAAUGCUGGAAGAUACAUUCAAGUUCCUGACAUUGUGUGUGACAAGCCAGCCGCGCUGCUACCCGGACCACCAGCGCUUGGCCAUCCUUGCACUAUUGUGUCGGGUCAGCCUGGACCGGAAUCUGCGGAAACAGCCCCUGAUAGAUUUGCAACAACUGCUGUUGGUUCUGCUUGAAGGCAUCCAGAAAUGGAAGGAAACG